AUGUCUGAGCCGGAACAGUGCAUCAUAUGCCUGGACUCGCUCCUCCUUCCACGAAACUUGCACGUCGCCGCUGCUUCCACUACACCGGGGCCUGACGCUGCUGCUGCCCUCUCACCAGCAGCGCCCGCCACCACCACCAACGGCCACGGCCACAGCGAACAAAACGACGGGGUCAACGGCGACGACGACGACGACAGCAACAACGACAGCGACGUAAACGGUCCAAACCCCCUCUCAAGCAACGGAAACGAUACCGAAAAUUGCAAAGCCGAUCAUCAGGUUCACAGUCAUCCAAAUUCGACCCCGAACCAUCUCUCCAUCGUCGCUGCCCUCGAUGGCUGUAAUCACAUAAUUCACGAUGCAUGCAUCCGCUCUUGGGCCCAGAAGACAAACACCUGCCCCAUCUGUCGCAACACAUUUCACACCGUACGAGUCUUCAAUGGCGUAGAUGACACCACGAUCUCUACCUACACCGUCCAAGACAGAAAACAGGUCGCCGAGUUCGACCUCCAGCAGUGGCUCGGCGAGAAUGAUAAUGCUGAAGAGGAGACCGAGCAGAGCCGCCCCUGCCCCAUCUGCGAAUCGGCCGAGAGGGAGGAUGUCCUGCUGUUGUGUGACAGCUGCGACGCCGCCUACCACACACACUGCAUCGGUCUUGAUGGCAUCCCCGACGGCGACUGGUACUGUAUGGAGUGCCGCCACCUCUUCCAGCUUGCCGACGAGGACGAUCCCUCGCCCAGCGCUCCCCAACACCGGGAUCCCCCCCGGUCGGCCCGGACCCGCAACGUCUCGCGCCCCAACCCAAGAGACGUGCGCGGCUUUCACGUCCGCACCCGUGCGCGCCUGAGGAGGGCACGCCAGCAGGCCCGCAACGUCGAGUGGCAGGGUGCCUGGGGCCAGUUCGCCGGUCGCUUCUACGAUCUGAGCGAACUCGACCUCGACAAUCAGGACGAGGAAGACGAAGAGCUCGAGCAGUUCCGUCGCUUCCAGCAGCUGGACCGCAGGGAGCUUCAUCGCUGGCAGCAGCGCAUGGACAUUGCCAACCGCCUCGGCGCGCGCGACGCCUUUGCCAACAACAUCCCACCCCAGAUUACAGAGCACCUACACCCGCCUCCGCCUGUUGAGGAGACAGUCGACGAGAGGCGUGCGUGGGGCGCAUUCGAGCGCGCUCGCGACACCGAAGAUGCCACCACCUCGAAUAGCAGGAAACGCAAGGCCAGAUCCGUCACAGCUUCGCCGGCCGAACCACCACAGGAGCCCGAGCGGAAGCUGAAGCGCCCCCGUACCAGGCGGUUACCCAUGCAGCAGGGGGAGGCGUCGGGUUCGACCUCGUCACCAGUGACGACGUCAGUCACGGCAGCCCCGACAUCCUCGGCGGCGGGGCUCUCGACGGCGGCGGCCUGGACUGACGGCAACUCAACCGCUGUGGGAAGUGGUGAAGCAGCAGCAGCAGCAGCAGCAGCAGGGCGCAGCAUCAACGAACCCGCCCUGGUGUCGUCUCUUCUCAAGGAGCUCGAGCCCCAGGCCCCCUCAGAAGAUGAGACCGGGGCCACGUCGGCGGCCGCCAGGCGGGCGACAAUACCAGACGCCUCAUCUCCGGUACUGUCGCCCUCUCCAUCGAACCACAGCAGCCCUCGGGCCAUGUCCAUGACGCCACCACCUCUGCUAUUAGGCAACGAGCGGCCAACGUCACCGACCCUGUCGCUCAGCACGCACAUCGAGCCGAGAUACCCGCCUGCCAACUACUCGCCCAACCGGAACAGUUGCGGCGGCAGCGGCAGCAGCAGAACCGGCAACGGAACCGGAAACGCCAGCGGCAGCGGAAGCGGGAGCGACCACAGCGACUCGGAGAAUCGGCCCAGCCGCAGGAGGAGCCGGAACCUGGAGCUGCGGCAACCGCGACCGCGUCGUGGCGCCCAUCCUAUAAUGACGCGGAUCCAGGAUAACUCACCGAACCGAUCAACCGUCAUGACUCAAGAAGAGAAGAAGAAGAUCAACGACAUUGUCAAGUCGGCGCUUCGGCCGCACUGGCGAGCCCAGAAACUGACGUCGGAGCAAUAUGCCACCAUCAACCGCGACAUAUCGCGCAAACUCUACGAAGAGGUGACGAACGCGAACGCGCUCAACGACGAUGCGAAGCGGUCGUGGGAGCACAGGGUCACCCAAGAGGUUGCCCAGGCCGUAGCAGGGCUGUCGGUUUGA